AUGUAAAUAAUACUUAUAAUUAAUUAUUAAAGGAUAUUUUUAACAAAUUUUAUGAAUUAUUUAUUAUAGAUUUUUAGUGAUAAUAAUUAGAUGUAUUUAAAAAAUUAAUGGAAACUAUUUUAAAUGAAAGUAAUGAUUGAUUUUUUAAUAGCUUCUCAUUUACUCUUCAAAAAUUAAAAGCAAUCAGCUUUCUAAAAUAAUCUGAUUGAUUUGAUGAUUUUCUAUAAUCAUCUAAUUCUUUAGAAAAGUAAGAUAGAGUAUUAAGAGAUAAUCAGAAUUAUAGAUUAUUAUUUGUAAUCAUCUAAUUUUUCUUUUUAAUAGUAGAUUGAAUGCAUCACCAAAAUUAACUUUUCAAAAAAUAAGAGAUUCUAUUAAUUAUAUGAUUUCAUAGCUAAUAUAUAAACAACUUAGAUUUACUAGCUGGUUUAAUAAUCUUUAAUUAAAAGAAAAUAAGAGUGGCUUAAAGCCCACAAGUCGAUAGGUAGGCAGAUGGUUUGUAAUCAUUUACAGCAACUUUUAAAUCUUUCGCCUUUCUAUUAAAUAUUUUAUUCAAUAAAAUGGUUAUUUUUUUAAAAUAUUUUUGCAUGUAAAAAGAGUUUUAUAGAGGUUUAUUUAGUUAAAUUAGAAUCAAAUGUAUGA